AGCAAAAGACCAAUGUGGAGGGCUCUUCAGGCGGUGUGGCGGCAGAAAAAGAGAAGCUGCCGCGUCUCUGUCCUUCGAAGCAGUCGGACCUUUCUGUCCACCUCCACAACUCAACCGCACAAGACCGAUUUCACGCCGCCGCUUCUAUGUCCGGUGCAAUCCGCAGCACCGUCCACGUCUUCUACGUCCAUGAACGGUAUCGCAGGUGGCGUCACUGCCUCGACAGUGCCGUUAUCGCUUCCGCGUCGCAGACUACGGUGUCUGCGUGGGGCCUACCACGCAGGUAGGGCUGUGGGGCAGCUUCUCGCCCCUCUUCUUGAACCCGACGCGAGCAACGGAGGCAGCACAACGGUGCGCGGUGCAUGUCCGAUGACACACGAGCUCGGGCAGCUGCGACAGAGUCUAGCAGGCACUCCGACUACUCUCCAACACGAAGGGCCGCUGCAGGACACAUCUCUGAUCGGCAUCCGUGACCUUGCCACCGACGCCACCGUCACGCACCUUCGCACCAGCUUGUUUCAUGGGGACCUGUGCCCCUGCGCUGCGACCAAUCCCACUGCACACUUGUGGACGCGCAACAACACACAGGCCUACCACCAGGCCCUGCUCGCAGCGCGCCAGGCACGCCUUGAUGAGGGAGGUGCCUUCAACGGCUAUCAUCACCUGCGAGAAGCUGGUGCAAUCAUGCGUGACACCUUUUGCAAAGGUACCUGCGAUCCGCACCUGGCCGAGGAGUGGCGCCGCCUCAUUCACCUCUACACCGCCUUCCUGCCCGACCGCUCCCACAUCCACGAGUUGGAGAACCUGCCGCAGGAGGUGGCCAUCGGCGAGCUGCUCCGCGACGCCGUUGCAGCCGUGCGGCGCGGCACAACAGCCGCCAACAGAGAGGACAGCGAAGAAGGCAGGGAGGACGCGGCCGGUGCGGAGGCGUUUGCGCUGGACUGCGUCGUGGACGUGGGCGGCGGCAACGGCUUCCUGGCGGCGCAGGUGGCGGAGCGGCUGCACUGCGACGCCGUCGUGGUGGACCCGUUCUUCCCCGCCCACGCCAUCGACUGCUGCCCGCGCGUGUGGCCCGACACGCCGCACCGCACCCACGCCGCAACGCGACGGCGGCACGUGCUGCACCGCACCACGGCGCUCUUCCGCGACGUGCGGUGGGCCGACGUGGUGCCGGCAGCACCAGCUCGCACGGCGCUCAUCGCGAAGCACCUGUGCGGGAGCGGCGUGGACGAGGUGCUGCAGCAGCUGGAGGCGCAGGGCUGCCUGCCGCGCAUCCUCGUGCUCGCGCCGUGCUGCUUCAACAAGGUCACAUUUGACGCGUAUAUCGACCCCGUGUAUCUGCGGGAUGUCAUGGGCAUCGCGUCGGAGGCUGCGCUUGCACGCGUGCACCGACUGACCGACUGGAACAUGUCGUGUUACCAGAGCACGCACGAGGCGCUGCUGGUGCGUGAGGAAGCGACGCGGCGAAGAUGCAGAAGCGCCGCACCUGCUUGCUCUUGCAGUGCUUCACCGAUGACGUCGGAUGGGAAUGCCGCCCAUCUCUUCUCCUAUCAGCGCCGCAGUGGGCCGCGCUCCAUCGUGAACAGCAUCCCCUGCACCCACGCCUUUGCACUUUUGGUGGAGGGUCUCCUCAACUACGGCCGCGUGGCGUGGCUUCGGAGCCGCGACUACGAGGUGCGGCUGGUGCAGUACGUGCCUGAUGUUGUGACGCCGAAAAACAAGUGUCUCUUGGCCAUUCGCCGAUCACCACCACCGACGUGGCGGAACAGCUACCGUCGACCGUCAAUGUAA